AUGGGGUGGAAAUUGGCUGCAUUUUUGUUGGCUCUUUCGAUCAAAUACACCAAUGCUGACUGCACUUGCUAUGAGCAAGCAAAUUACACUGGAUUGUCAGCUCCACUCAGUAAUUCAUUUGAAACGUCCGACUUCUCGGCAUGUUUCACACCUUGCAAAUAUGUUGCGUACAGCGGAGAUGAUACCUUUGGAUGGGGUGGACUCACAAUCAACUGGGGAUCGGUAGCAGAUACCACUGGAAAGAUUCAAAUUUUUGACGGCACUGACACUACUGGAACUCCUUUGAUUGUAGUUAAUGCUAAAGAGAAUGUGGUGAAGGGUGAUGGUAAGAGUUUGAUCAGAAGUUCGCAGCCAAGAAUUACCAUCACGUAUACUCAGGACGGACCUGGAGCUAAUAAUUACAAUGGGGUAAUCAAGGCCUCGUCAGGUCUUCAACCAAGUACUGUUCCAAUCACCACCACUGCUGCACCAACAACCAGAACUUACAAUGAUCCUACUUUCAAGUAUGAUCCAUAUCUCAUCACUCAUGAUAUUAUGAUCGUGGUCAACCAAAGAACGAGUGGAGGGAUGGCUGCUCUUACCCAACUUAACGAGAUCGUCAACAACACCGUGAUGCAACUCUACACUACUACUGACAUCAAUAGCUCAACUGGCUCAAGACUUUCCCUGGCAUCGCUAACACCAUAUUUUCCAUACUAUUCGAUUCGAACUGCGAUUUGGGAAUCUAGUGCUUUCGAUGUUGUCAACAAUUUGCCGAAGAGUGGAAUCUCGAUUGAAGGGAAUAUUGAUACAGCACUGACGGGUCUGGUAAAAUUGGCAUACACUGUGAACAAUAACUCAUCCAUAGCCACAAGAACAAAUGUACAACGAUCAGUUGUUUUGUUUACCGCUGAAUGGCCAACAACCGGAGCAAAGCUCAAUACCUCGUAUGUCAAAAAAGCGUUUGAUGACUAUGGAGUCAAUCUGCUUGUAGUCGGUUUCAAUCUUACUGAUACUGAAAAAACCGCUUUGAUGGGAGCGCAAGUGCAGCUCAGUGGGUGCCCAAUGUACCACCCCACCAGCAGCGAUAAUUCUUCAUUUACUUUUCAAGAGCCAUAUAAUUAUGACGGACCGAACAGUACUACUGGCCAAUGGAGCGUUUCAUUUGACGGUCAAACUGGAAGAUACUGUAAUUUUGCUAGCAAUCAAUACACAAUCAGCAGGCCAGAUAAUGCUGAUGGCAUGAAUGUUACAGUGUUUUAUGAGUUGGAAGCAGGAAAAGACUUUUUGAAUUUCUAUGAUGCGUCAAACAAUUUGAUUGCAAGCUUCACGGGAUACGAUAUUUCAUCAAGCUCUUUCUAUACCACAACACCAGUGCUGACUGCGAGAUUUACUUCUGACAAUCAGUCUGUUUUCCGUGGAUUCAAUGUGAAUAUCAAGCCUAAUCCAAAAUCUGCCUAA